AUGAUAUCAUCUCUAAAUAAAAGAUUACUAGCAAAAUCAAAGUUAAUUUUACAACAUACCACCAGAGUACAACAUCAACAACUAUUAUUAAGAAGUUUUACAUCACAACAACAACAACAACAACAACAACAACAACAACAACAACAACAACAACAACAACAACAACAACAACAACAACAACAACAACAACAACAACAACAAGAGCAAGAAAAACAACAAGAGCAAGAACAACAAGAUAAAAAUCAACAACAAAACGAAAAUACAAACGAAAACAAUAAUAAAAACAAUAAUAAUAAUAAUAAAAAAUUUGAACAAAUCUCUAAUAACAGGACAGUAACAUGGGCUAGUUUAACUGUUGCAUUAAUAAGCGGUGGUAUCGGUUGGUUAUAUUAUGAUCAUUUAAUGACUAAAAAAAGAGAAAGACAAAAUGAAAUUAAAACAUAUGGAUCAUCAUCAGUUGGUGGACCAUUUGUAUUGAUAGAUGAAAAUGGAAAACCAUUUACAGAUUUAGAUUUAAAGGGAAAAUAUGGGUUAUUAUAUUUCGGAUUUACAUAUUGCCCAGAUGUAUGUCCAGCAGAAUUAUAUAAGAUGACAAAAGUAAUUAAAAAUUUAGAAUCAAAUGGAUUGGGUGAUUCAAUAGUACCAGUAUUCAUUACAAUCGAUCCAUGGAGAGAUACAAUCGAACAAGUUAAAUCAUACAUAGAAGAGUUUCAUCCAAAGUUUAAAGGUUUAACAGGUACACCAGAACAAAUCACAAAAGUGGCAAAGAGUUAUCGUGUUUUCAUGAGCAAAUCAGGUAAAGGUGAUGACUAUUUAGUUGAUCAUACUAUCAUUGUUUAUUUAGUUGGUCCAGAUGGUAAAUUUAUUGAAUUCUAUAAUGUAAAUCAAGACUCUGAUAUUAUCACCAAUAAAAUUAUCACUCGAAUUGCAAAUGGUGGUAAAGGUGGUGAUAAUAGAGGUGAAAUUAAAUCUGAAAAAAGUUAUUUUGAAAAAAUUGCAAACUUUUUUAAAUAA